AUGCAUCCUCCACUUACACCACAUAGACACCCAAUGUGUUUGGAGAUAAUUGAGGAAUUUCAAAAGUGCCAUUUAGAUCAUCCAAUUGGGAAAUUCUUUGGAGACUGUACAGAACUUAAAGUAAAGCUUGAUCGAUGUUUCCGCAAGGAGAAAGCUGUGAAGCGGAAGAUUUUGGUCCCGGUUUCUUCUCCUAACUUUCCAUCUGUGCGAUGGUCACAAGUUUCAGCGGUUGGUCCUAAUAUCUACGCCAUCGGCGACGCUAGUACGCCUUCGUCUAGGGUCAUGGUCAUGGACGGUCAUUCGGACACAUGGUCUGACUUCCCAAGCAUGCAUGGGGCCCGUGGUCUAUCCCGUUCUGUUUGCGUCCGUGAUGGAAAAAUAUAUGUAACAGGAGGCUUCAACAACCCCGAUUCAACGAACUGGAUCGAGGUUUUUGAUACCAAGACACAAACGUGGGAGUUUUUGCACAUCCCUGGAGGGGAGAAGAUAUACAGCGCCGAAGGUGAUGAAUUACAAAGCGUAUGGUUUGAAGGAACCUUGUAUGUGAGGUCUGUGGUAAAGGAUAAGGAUGUGACUUACAAGGUGCAUAAAGGUAGAUGGAGGGAGGUAGACCGAGAGAUGAAUUACGGAUGGGGUAAAUCAUUAUCUUACUGUGUGAUAGAGGACGUGUUCUACAGCUACAGCUAUUUGAGGAAGAUCCAGUGGUUUGACUCCAAAGAAAGAGUAUGGAGGACUCUCAAGGGUUUAAAUAGUUUGCCUAUCAUUCCUGUGUAUGCACAGUCAUACGUUCGCAUGGUGGAUAAUGGUGGGAAAAUUGCAGUUUUGUGGCAAGCGUAUGUGUCUGGCAAGAUCCCUAGAGAGAAACAGAUUUGGUGUGCGGAAAUUGCGAUUGAUAAACGCCAAGGAGGCGAGAUUUGUGGGAGGGUAGAGUGGCUUGACGUCGUGGCUACAACCGAUGCGCAAUAUCAUUUAACGCAUGCUCUUGCUACGACCGUUUGA